CGGAGCUAAGCAAUUGCGGGAGCCAAGCCGAUGACAUUUCCUUUGGAAGCUGUUUUCUAAAUGGCCCAGACACUUGCCUCUCUGAUCCUCUCCAAGGUAGUUUGCAGUGUGCUGCUCCUUUGCCAUGUCAGAUCAGCAUCAGGUAAGACUGGUCAGCUCUUUAUGUCUAAGGGAAGCAAUGUGAUUUGUAUACUCUGAGAUGCAUACAUGCACCGGAGAUUUUAUUCUGCCAGCAUCCCAGCACAAGAGCAAGGCUAUAAAUAUCAAGGUGUGUUGGCUGGCAUUCAAGGGGCUGCAUUUAAAUCUAGGGUUCCACACUGCACCGUUCAUUUCCAUUAUAUUCCAGACCUCUAGAAGAAGGGCAGGCAAGAAUUGCCUUACAUCUCAGGGUCCGGUGGGGUUAAAAGAUAAUAAAUGGCAUCCGAGUUGGUGGACAGUGACUGUCUGGAGGAAGAGAUGGCUUUUCGCAGCUCUGAGGUUGAUGGCUCUAUGUUCUGCUUCUGUGCAAGAUGGAAGAAGGCGUGGCAGGAGUUUCUCUCACCCAGGACAUUUCUCCAUUGGGGGAAAAGAGCGAAAAACAGCAGUUCUACAUCAGAAACUUUAAUCCUAGGGACAGGGCCUCUGAGAGGAAUUUUGAACGUUUGAUUUGAACAUCUUUGUUUACGCUGUAAUACAGAUGAGGAGAAAGAAUUCACACUGAAACAUUAUUUUAUAUUGCAAUGCAGACCAGGCCAUCAGAAGACAGUUUUAGUUUUAGAAAGGUAGAUAAACUUACUAUUCACUUUAUAAAAAAUGCUUUUCUGGCCUUUUUGUGGAAAAAAUUUCCAGUCACCACGUGAAAAUUGAUUGUCCUGGCAAUGUUUGUUUGGUUCAGUAGCCCGGCCAAAUCCACAAGAUGUUCCUGAUUGUAACUCUUUAUUAGCUUGCUUUUUGUUAAAUGACCUCUUUCCAGAAGCUGCUGCUGCUGCUGGAAUUGUUAAUAGUAUUCUUAAGCUAACGCAAACAUUUGGAAACAGCCCGGUCACUGAGUCCGUACUCUGUUAACAUGCUGAACAGAUCUGAUGGCUUUAACUCUACAAUUACAAAAUUUGCUUUAUGUACAGAGGGCAGAUGUUCGUUUCUUUUCCAAAGUCAUGACCAUUCAGCUCAGCAGGAUAUUGCUCUGAUAAAGCUCUGGGGUCAAAUACGGCCCUUGAAGCAUCUCUCUGUGGCCCUUGGAAUUCUUCAUGGGCUACACCCACUCUGACAGGCCCAACACCCCUUGAAUGUUUUCACCUGGCUGGAAUAUGUCUGUGAAUUGUGGUGGCUCUCACUUGCCUGGAAGGAAGCCAAAAAGAGGCUGUGUGUGUGUGUGAUGUGUGUGUGUGUGUGUGUGUGUGUGAGAGAGAGAGAGAGAGAGAGAGAGAGAGAGAGAGAAAACACCUCUGGCUUUUGCAUGGCUGGUAUGUAAUCUAUUGUACAAAGGUGACUAUCACAUCAAUUUGCUCUGCCCAUGUUGGCAUCUGGCCCCAUCCACCACUGACAUGUGGCCCCCACAUGGUUAUGUAUGGGGGAAUGUGGCCCUCAGGCUGGAAAAUGUGUGCCCCGCCCCCGAUGCACAGAGGACAGGGGAAAUAGUGGUCCAAUAUUUAUUUUAUUCAUUCAUGUGUUUAUUGGAAUUGAAAUUGAAAUACUUUAUUGUCACUUUACAACUUGUAUACAGUGAGAUUACACAAGCACCCCCCACUCAGCUCUCUUAGUCUUAAUUCCCCUCGUUUACUGACGCACACACACCAAACCCAAAAGUCAGUUGCCCUGUUGUUAUCUUUUCAGUCAGCAGCCUAACAGCCCAUGGAUAGAAGCUGUUCUUUACCCUGUUGGCGCGACUAAUCAUGCUUCUAUAUCUUCUGCCCGAAGGCAGGAGAUCCAGAAAGUGCCGGCCAGGGUGUGAAUCAUCCCUGAGAAUUUUCCUCACUCUCCUGAGGCAACGUUCUUCCGCUGUUUCAUCCAGCGGAUUCACAGGACAGCCCAUAAUAUCUUGUGUGGUAUUCACCACCCUCUGUAGGCACUUCCUAUCGGCAGGGUUGUCAGCACCCGGGGCAAGGCAAGUAAUUUGCGCCCCCUAACCCCUAAUCUGCCGCCGCUGCCAGCUGCUUCUUGCUGCUGCCUGGGCUGGUCUGGUGUGGUUCUCUCCAGCGCUCAGCGCUGCGCUGGGCGGCCGCUGCACUGUCCCUCCCCCAGAUAGUCCCUCGCUCUCUCUCCGCACCGCACGACUGGCACCCACCCCCUCCACAGUGGGCGGCGACCCAGCGGCUCGGAUCGGAUUCGCACAGCCAGCACUGCAGUGAGAGAGAGUGAGUGAGCCAGGUAGGGGCAGAGAGCUGGGAGUGCGAGCGCGCCCCCCCCCCCGAUGUUGCGCCCGGUGCGGCCGGCCCCCCCUGCACCCCCCACGCUACGCCACUGCCUAUUGGAUGAUGUCAAACCAGCGUACCAAGCCGUGAUGCAGUAUGAAAGGACACUUUCUAUUGUGGACCGGUAGAAGGAGAUCAUCAGAUGUUGACUGACAUCGUUCUUCCGCAAUACUCUGAGGAGAUGGAGUCUCUGUUGGGCUUUCUUAACCACCUGGGUUGUAUUGAUUUUCCAAGUAAGGUCUUCACUGAGAUAAGCUCCCAGGAAUUUAAAGGAAGAGACUCUCUCCACACAGCCCUCCCCGAUGUACAGCGGGACUAGUUCUCCUCUCUUCCUCCGAAAGUCCAACACCAUCUCCUUUGUCUUGCUGAUAUUAAGGUACAAGUUGUUCCCUAGGCACCAUGUAGAUAUUAUAAUUCCCAUCUUCAAACUAUGUCAAGGCAGUAUAAAAAAUAUACCGUACUUUUCCAUGUAUAUGACUAGGUUUUGUUUUUUUUAAAAAAAGUUAUGUUAAAAAUUGGGGGCGUCUUAUACAUGGAUAGUGUAUCCCCCCAUUUUCUUAAUUUGGAGUCCCCCCCCAAAAAAGUGGGUGUCUUAUAUACAGGGGCAUGUUAUACACGGAAAAAUACGGUAAUAAUAAAAUCAGCAAAAAGCAGCAUCCAUAUACCAUAUACCAAUACGUUACGUUCCCUGCCCAUUUUUCACCCUCCAAGGUUUGGAACCAAGUGGCAGGAGAAAGUACAGUUUCUCGAAGAGCUGGCUUUAAAUAGUUUGCGAUUUAUCACACUCCUGGAUUUGUUCAUCACACUGGUGUGUUAACAUUUGUCAUCAGUUAUGGCAGGGUAAAGGAACAUUAGGAAUCCAGGCAAUGUGGUACAGUGUAUUUAUCCUUAGGUGAGAGAGAAAACUCUGCUGAGUCAAAGAACUGGCCUGCUGGUCUCCAGAAGAACAUUUUGCGAAGGUCUUAGAAGCUCAAGGAUCCAAUUUAUCAUGUUUUAUUAUUAUUAACGUUUAACAAAGAAAAGGAAGGCGGGGGGGGUGAAAGAAUUAAAGGCAAUAAAAAACAAAAAUAAUAUAUAAAUAAUACCAAUAGUAACAAAAAAAAAACACCCCACCAUUCGUUCACAUUACAGAUACAAUAGUUAUCAGCACAUAUGUCUUAAGGUUAACAUCUAAGUUAAUAAAAGCCCUCCAGAUGUCCAGAUCAGUAUCAACACAAAAUUAACACCAGGCUCGAAGUCGCAUUUAUCAUUUGCAGUUUUAAAGCAAGAUGAAUCCAUCCAACUAAUAUCUAACCAGUGUUGCUCAUUCUCAAGUUGUCGCCUGCCCAGAAAAUAUUUUGGGUUCAGAAGAAAAAUCUAUCAUUCAUUUAUUUAAAUACAGUGGAACCUUGGUUCUCAAACUUAAUCCAUUCCUGGAAUCCGUUCGACUCCUGAAACCAUUCGAAAACCAAGGCGCAGCUUCUGAUUGGCUGCGGGAGCUUCCUGCACUCGAGCAGAAGCCGUGUCGGACGUUCAACUUCCGAAAAACGUUUGAAAACCGGAACGCUUACUUCCUGGUUUUUGGCGUUCAGGAGCCAAAACGUCCAAGUACCAAGGCAUUUGAGAACCAAGGUACGACUGUAGUACAUGCACAGCUUAAUGCCAUAUUGCAUAAGCAGCAUUCAGUAGGGAUAGAGCAUGCAUCAUAAAAGUUACUUAAAAGUAAGAGCAAAACUAGGAGAAAGAAAAACUUGAAAUGCCUGCUGAAAUAAUAAUUAUCAUGAAGUCUUCCCCAAGUUCAACAGGGCGUGGUCCUAUAUGUUCGCUGCAGGGCGGAAGUUUUGCAAAACUGGGCCCGCAAUGUUGAAUACACAGCUCCUAGUAGAUAUGAGCUGUGCAUCUGAGCCACAGGGGACCACAAACAGCAACUAUGAGUUCCUCUAUGGUGUGCCUAGGAAAUGAAAACAUCCUGGCUUUGUUAUUGCCAUAGCUAAGGCUGCAGUCUUACCUGGGAUCCCACUGAAUUCAACAGGGCUUCAAUUUACUUCUAAGUCAGUAUGGUUAGGAUUGCACUGUGAAUUUCUGAAAUCGUAUGCAUUGAUUUUAUUUCUUCAGUCCUGUAUGACUUGGACCUUACCAAUGACGGCCCCAUCACGACAGAAGCACAGGCUACGAUUCAUUCCACGUUGCGUAUGAAGGAUGGAGGCAACUCACCCGUUAGUGACCGGAAGUACCAUUUCAACUGGGUUUAUGCCCCUUUGACUUUGGUAGAGAGCUCCGGGCAUGGUGCGGACUCCACAAUUAUAGUGACCAGCCCAUUUCCAGGAGUCUUUCCUGUUUCCGUUCAGGUGAUGCACGCAGACUGCUGGCUCUGUCAGACCAUUGCAAGAAACCUAACGGUGUUAGAGGUGUCAGGUAAAAUGUGCAUAUUUUAUUAUGUUUUCCUGUAAGAGAAGGGGGUCUCGUACAGUGCUUCUGAAGAUGUCCUACAGGGCCAGCUCUAGGUUGAAGGGAGGCAGUAUCUGUGGUGGACUCUCCACCCUUGCCUGUGAUCUUGUCUACCUGUCCAUGACUCACCUGACUAGGGUUUCCUUGAUGGCAGUGGCUGGACCUGGGAAGCCACUGGCCAUGUUGAACUCCCACUACGUCCAAGAACGUUACAAUGCUGGUUCUCCUAGGCUCAUCACUUCUCAGACACCUCUCAAUCCUUCCUGACUCUGGGACAGCCUUCCCCUGUGACCGUUGCCUUUUCCAAAAAAAAUACUUUCUCAAUACAACGCCAAAGCUCAUCUCUGUUGCUGACCCACAUAAUUGACGAGGGCCCUCUGCCAUUGCCAGGCCUUGGCUGGGGUGAGCCAGGGAUCAUGGGACCAACCAGUGGUAAGGACCACAGAAGAACCACAGGGUGAACAAAGAAGCAGCAAGCCAUGUCAGGACUAAAGUACUGCAUAGCCAAGUUUGGAAGACACAGCCGAGCUAAGGAUGACACUGUUGCAUAAGCAACGCUCAGCUGGAACAGGAAGUCCUCUUAUAUUCCUUCCUGUCUAAGAGGAAGGGUGGACAGAGAUAUAGAAUUGGUCUGUGCAGCUGCUUAUUGCGGUUGGCGUCCAUUCUGCCACUUUUUAGUCUCAGCCAAUGCUCAGAUCUUUUUUUUCUCCUUUAAAAUGUGCUUCCCCCUGAUGAGCAACUUAAAGUUUUAGUUGAUACCAUGUACCAAUUAAACUUGAUCAAAGCUGGGGAAAUCCCAGUAUUUGCCUAUCCUCAAAAAGAAUAAAUGAGAGAUUUUCUCAUUAGAUGGGAAGGUCUUUGAGAGAGCUUCAGAUGACUAAAUAUAUUCUUUGUAUUUUUCCCCCCGACAGAGUUUAUAGUAGGGAAUCUGUCCAUUACCCAAACAGAGGACCAUGACAAAGUUGACUCCCGAUCUCCAACAGGCGCCCUGACCCGGGUAUCAUUCUUACUUCAUGACCCAAGUAAUUAUUUCAAGUCAGCUUCAUUCACUUACAAAUGGGAUUUUGGAGAUGGGUAUGUCCCUAUUUUUUCUUUCCCUCCCUUUAUUUAUACAGAUUUUAGCAGAGACCAUUAUUUAUAUGCCUGUACUAAUAUAUCCUUACCAACAGACCCCCCCCCCCACAAACAUCAUUUCUCACCAGGUGGAUCUCUGAGAUCACACUGAAUGAUAACCACACAUAGAGCAUUGCAUUGCAGUUAUUAAGAAUUGAGGUUACCAGGCAUGAGUCACUGUGACUGGACUACCCCUAGCCAAGAACAGUCGUAAUUGAUAUCUGAUUUUCAACAUUGUGAUACAUCACUAGCUAAACAUUAUGCUAUACUGAUAUAUCACAAUAUCUGAAAUAAGAAUAUAGCUAUGAAGAGGCUUUGGCUGGCUUCACGGUUUUUCCCAUAUCGUGAUUUUUGCAUAGCGCGCACACACACAUCAUGAUUUGCAAUAUAUUGCCAGGUCAAAAAUUAUGAAGCCGAUAGCACAAUAUGGACUUCAAAACAGUUUUGGAUGAUAUACCGUAUUUUUCGCUCCAUAGGACGCACUUUUUCCCCUCCAAAAAUGAAGGGGAAAUGUGUGUGCGUCCUAUGGAGCGAAUGCAGGCUUUCGCUGAAGCCUGGAGAGCGAGAGGCGUCGGUGCGCACCGACACCUCUCGCUCUUCAGGCUCCAGGAGCUAUCUGCAAGCCUUGCGCACCCGGGGAGUUCCCUGGGCACUCAAGGCUUGCGGGCAGCAGCCUGUAGCGCGGAGCACGGGGCGCCCUCCGGAGGACGCCCCGUGCCCGGCGCAGGUGGCCGGCAAGCCUUGCGCACCCGGGAUCUCCCCGGGAGCGCAAGGCUUGCGGGCGGCAGCCUGCAGCGCGGAGCACGGGGCGCCCUCGGAGGACGUCCCGUGCCCGCGCAGGUGUCCGCAAGCCUUGCGCACCCGGGAUCUCCCGGGAGCGCAAGGCUUGCGGGCGGCAGCCUGCAGCGCGGAGCACGGGGCGCCCUCGGAGGACGUCCCGUGCUUCGCGCAGGUGUCCGCAAGCCUUGCGCACCCGGGAUCUCCCGGGAGCGCAAGGCUUGCGGGCGGCAGCCUGCAGCGCGGAGCACGGGGCGCCCUCCGGAGGACGCCCCGUGCUCGCGCAGGUGUCGGCAAGCCUUGCGCACCCGGGGAUCUCCCCGGGAGCGCAAGGCAUGCGGCCCGCAGCCUGCCGCGCGGAGCACGGGGCGCCCCGGAGGACGUCCCGUGCUUCGCGCAGGUGUCGGCAAGCCUUGCGCGCCCGGGGAUCUCCCGGGAGCGCAAGGCUUGCGGGCGGUAGCCUGCAGCGCGGAGCACGGGGCGCCCUCCGGAGGACGCCCGUGCUUCGCGCAGGUGUCUGCAGCCUGCCGCCCGGCGCGUGGGGUGCCCUGAAGCAGAGCGCCCCUCACGCCGGGCAGACAUCGGCCAGCCCCACAAGCUCGGGGGACAACUGGGAGGCGCAGCGCCGCCAUCCCACUGUUCCUCGACCUGAGUUUGGGGGAAAUAAAGGAAAAAAAUUUUCCUUUAUCCCCCCCCCCAAAAAAGUAGGUGCGUCCUAUGGGACGGAGCGUCCUAUGGAACGAAAAAUACGGUAUCUCCCAGCCCUUGCUCUAGAUCUUCAUUUCAGAGGGAUUGGAACAUGUCUAGAAUAGACGGCUGGCCAGUUUCUUUGACAUAAGAACCACUCAACCACAGUGCCUCUGACCACCAGCCAUGCUGGCUAUGCUCAGGCUCCACAGUUAGAGACCCUAAUGCUUCUGAAUACCAGCUGCUGGAGGCCAGAGGAUGGGAGGGUCCUUGUAUGCUCAGAUCCUGCUUUGAGGGUUUCUCACAGGUUGGCCACUGGGAGAAGAGGAUGCUGGACUAGAUAAGUCAUUAGCCUGAUUCAAGAGGCUCAUCUCGUAUCCUUAGGGUUCAAACACAGUUUAUUGGCCCUGAUCCAGUCCACCACUGAAUCCAGGCCACAGUCCAGAUGGCGCAUAGUCUCUUCUUACUCAGAUCUUAAAGAUGCAUAGGAAGCAAUUCAUGAAUGAAACCAUCAAAUAAUAUGCCUACACAAACACAAUUGAUUUCCACUGUUUCCCCAUCACCUGCAGAACCGAGAUGACAACAGAAUACCCCACCGUCUACCACAAUUACCCUACUGUUGGGGUUUGCACCGUGCACCUGGAGGUGGCAGCAGAAUGGAGACAAGAUGGGAGCGGGAUGGAGCAACGAAGAAAGAUGGUCCAGAAAACAGGGCAUUUUUCUGCUGCGUUGGAAUUGAUGGGUAAUGGCAGGGAAAAGCUAGUGCUAUACUCAGCAUCCCUUUUAGUCUGUGAGGAACACAAGUUCAGGAGAUCUGAUCCGCACACAAACGCCACCCGAGUCAGCUUGGUCUCCUUUCCUACAGAUCAGUGAUCACUGACUCCUAUUGGGACCGGCAGCGCAAAAGGCAGGGAAACCAACAGUGAGCAGAGCCAGAGCCAACAAAUUCUAUUUUUGUCCCCAUCCCCCUCCUCCCUGCGGAGUUCUACAAGGGCGACACUGAGGCAGAGGAGGAAGGUGGCAGGUAGGACAACUGUUGUGAGAGGUCAGACAAGAGGAGCUGGCCAAGGGCAGCCUGAAAUUGGCAGGGCAGCUACAGACUCUUGAGUAGGCUAUGGAACAGGAACAGUUUGCAGCAUUCAGUGUAAUGCCGGAUUGGUUCAGAAAUCAUCAUCAUCAUAUUUUUUUAUUUAUACCCCGCCCAUCUGGCUGGGUUUCGCCAGCCACUCUGGGCAGCUCCCAACAGAACAAUAAAAACACGAUAGAAGAUCAAACAUUAAAAACUUCCCUAAACAGGGCUGCCUUCAGAUGUCUUCUAAAAGUCAGAUUGUUUAUUUCCUUGACAUCUGGUGGGAGGCCGUUCCACAGGGUGGGCGCCACUACCGAGAAGGCCCUCUGCCUGGUUCCCUGUAACUUCACUUCUUGCAGUGAGGGAACUGCCAGAAGGCCCUUGGAGCUAAACCUCAGUGUCCGGGCAGAACGAUGGAGGUGGAGACGCUCCUUCAAGUAUACAGGACCGAGGCCGUUUACGGCUUUCAAGGUCAGCACCAACACUUUUAAUUGUGCUUGGAAACGUACCAGGAGCCAAUGUAGGUCUUUCAGGACCGGUGUUAUAUGGUUUAAAUGGCCGCUCCCAGUCACCAGUCUAGCUUGGCAGAGAUCGAAAGACACAAUGUUUGUGUGUGUCCUUCCCAAACUGGCCUCAGAUGUUCUCGCUUGCUGGAUUCCAGAAUCUCUGCCCAUCGCUGAAAUAAAGCGUAUCUAAACUCAGCCCCACCAGGAAGGAAAAAAACAUUCUUUAGCCUGGGCAUUCUUCCCCUAAUCUCAGCUGUGAGGAUCUGGUUGAGAUGUGAGAAAAGCACUUUGCACAUGCUUAACUGUGCUCACUUUGCUGAGCGGGGAGGUUGGGUUCCCUUUGUAAGGAGGUCUGUGGCACAUUUUGGAGUAUUUGCAUUUGUUUGCAGAUACACAGGUUGUGCAUAGGUGGUUGUGCACAGCUUGAACCAAAUUCUGUUGGCAACAGAAUUAACCCUUAAGUUGCCAGCCGAAUGAUCCCCGCUGUUGUGCUUCCAAUGUUAUCCCUCUCAGAUUUGCUCAGAAUACUAAUUACAUUAACACCAGCACCGAAUGCUCUUCCUUCAAAGCACAAACUUACGGUUCUUAACCUCUCUACCUCAGAUGCUGUCCGAGGUAUUAACAUUGUCGGAUCCACAGAGGCUCAUGUGAUGGAAAACUUAAAUUUAUCGCUGCAUAUCCAAGGCAGGUAAGCAGCCAGCAAAAAACAAACCUAUGUCAAUCAUUCUGCUUUCCCUUCUGAUCUGCUAUUUGCAUUCUCCUCUGGGGUUUCCUAGGACAACAGGCACCUCCUGAAGGCAGAGAAAACAGGAACUGAAAUGUGUAUCAGUUGUCUCUUAAGGAAUUCUCUGGCAAGUGUGUGGUUUGAGGAGCAUCCCAAGCGCCAGAUAGAAAGUCUUGGGAGGCUGGAUUUGGUGCCUGAGCCCGAGGAUUCAAGUGACAAGAAAGGAGUUUCCGACUAUAAUAAUAAUAAUUUAUUAUUUAUACCCCGCCCAUCUGGCUGGGCUUCCCCAGCCACUCUGGGCGGCUUCCAACAAAAUAUUAAAAUACAGUAAUGCAUCAAACAUUAAAAGUUUCCCUAAACAGGGCUGCCUUCAGAUGUCUUCUAAAAGUCUGGUAGUAGUUGUUCUCUUUGACAUCUGGUGGCAGGGUGUUCCACAGGGCGGGUGCCACUACCAAGAAGGCCCUCUGCCUGGUUCCCAGGAACCUCACUUCUCACAGGGUGAGAAGGCCCUUGGCGCUGGACCUCAGUGUCCAGGUAGAACGAUGGGGGUUCUGACUAAAUGCCAGGAGGAACUUUCUGAGAGUUAGAGCUGUCCGACAGUGGAACAGUCUCCCUCGAGAGGUGGUGGACUCUCCUUCCUUGGAGGUUUUUAAGCAGAGGUUGCAUGGCCAUUUGUCAUGGAUGCUUUAGCUGAGAUUCUUGCAUCGCAAGCGGUUGGAAUGGAUGGCCUUCGGGGGUCCCAUUCAGCUCUAUGAAAUCAAUGGAUUAUUAGAUCAAAAGUAAACGUGGCCAAGUGCAUUGCUUUCACUGGGUAGACUACGCCCCGGGCAGCAGGGAGAAGCAAGCAGCUAACCUCUGAAGGAUGAGGUAGCUGGUGUUUGCUGUCUAUACGGAGGUCCAAAGAGCAGGAAUCUGUCCCAAAACGCAGCAGGACAAAGGUCUGUUGUUGACUCUUCUUCAAGACACAACAGUCACAUUGCCUGCCAAAAUCUGCCACAUCAUCUCUCAAAACAGUCGCUGAGCUAAUGAAUCUGGAACGGCGGUUGUUUUUGGCUCUCUUAUCCAUUUGCACUGCCAGCCGGGUUGUUACGCUUCUGCUUUGGCAGAGGCAAGAAAAUAGGUAGUAGAAUGUGUGCGUAGGGGAACAUAACAAGAGCUCUGCCGGAUCAAGCCAAUGGCCCAUCUAGUCCAGGAUCCUGUUCUCACAAUGGCCAACCAGGUGAGAUCAUCUUCUGACUCCCUCCUUCGUGUGCCCCCUCCGUGAGAGGUCCAGAGGGUGGCAAUGCGAGAACGGGGCCUUCUCUGCAGUGGCUCCCCAUCUGUGGAAUGCUCUCCCAAGGGAAGUUCACCUGGCGUCUUCAUUGUACACCUUUAUGUGCCAGACAAAAAUGUUCCUUUUUAACCAGGCCUUUGGUUGACCUGAUUGACAUCCUAUACCCUUUUACCCACGCAGGUGGCGCUGUGGGUAAAACCUCAGUGCCUAGGACUUGCCGAUCGUAUGGUCAGCAGUUCAAAUCCCCGCGGCGGGGUGAGCUCCCAUCGUUCGGUCCCAGCUCCUGCCCACCUAGCAGUUCGAAAGCACGUCGAAGUGCAAGUAGAUAAAUAGGUACUGCUUUAUAGCGGGAAGGUAAACGGCAUUUCUGUGUGCUGCGCUGGUGCUGGCUCGCCAGCUGCAGCUACGUCACACUGGCCACGUGACCCGGAAGUGUCUUCGGACGGCGACGGCUCCCGGCCUCUUGAGCGAGAUGAGCGCGCAACCCCAGAGUCGGUCACGACUGGCCCGUACAGGCAGGGGUACCUUUACCUUUUACCCUUUUAAAAUGUGGCUCUUUUUGGGGGGGGGGUGUUAUUUAGGUUAUUGUUUUGAUUUUGAUUUUAUAUAUUGUGAUCUUUUCUGUACACAUUUUACUUGGCUGGAGAGCUACAUUGGAAAAUUGAGUCAGCACAUGUCAAAAGAUCCCAGUGUUUCGGUUCACGCAUUGUUUUGGAAACUCCCCGUUUGGUAGCCUUGUCUUGAAAUGGGAGAGGAAUCGAAUUUAUCCUUUAUCCCUACCUGGGAGUAAGUCCCACUUCAGCUUGAUUCUGAGUUGGCACGGAGAAAAUUGCAGCGCCAGCCACCUAAAGCAGAAUAGAGCUUUUGUCCUUCUUUCUUCCCAGCCUGCCUCUCCACUUGUGCUGGUUAAUCAAGACCGAAUGCGUUCCGCUCGACAGGGACCACUGCCACCUGGUGGCGAUGAAUGCUACGCACUACAAUCUGAGCCACGUCUUCAGGGACGCUGGGCAGUACUGCCUUAGCGUGCGAGUGGAGAAUGGGGUCAACAUGUUGCAGUCGUACCAGGAGAUUCAAGUGAGGCCGUCAGGUGAGAGUUAGGAGAAAAGCUACUCCACAGUUGGAAAGCAGGUGAUAUAUAUAUAUAUAUACAUAUACACACACACACACACACACACAUAUAUAUAUAUAUAUAUAUAUAUAUGGAGAAUGUCAUUUAAAAAAAGUCUCUUGGACACCAUUAGGGUGCCUAGAAUCCAUUUUCACUGUCAGUUGUUAUCAAUUUCCAUCGGUAUAUAGUUCAAGAGCCUAUUCACUUCUGAAAAUCUUAAAUUUUCCUGUAGUGUCUUGUUUAUGUUGACCAGCACUUUCUCUCCAAACUUAGUGUGGGACACACUAAAAGCAUGUGUUUCAAGGAAGCAUUGUCCAUAUUACAUCUCCAACAAAGAGCUACAUUAGAUAAGGAGUCUAAUAGAUUAUAAAUAGUAUUUUCUGCUGUAUAAGUUUUGGUGUGUGCACCAGUGCUCCUUGCUCCAUUUCGACUGGGCCCUUUACAUUCCUUCACCUUUUCUCCUCCUGCGCAGGAUUGUUCAGCGUAAUUAGGUGACCCCAUUGGGUUCCAAUAUUAUGAGAAAAGGGGCUUAGGUUUAUCCACUUCUUCCACCCCUUGCGUAAUCCUACACACCUCUCUCUCUCCCUCUCUCCCUCCCCCCUCUCUCUCUCACACACACUUUCCCCUUUUUUUCUCAAGUGCAAAGCCACUACAGUCAUACCUCAUGUUACGGCCACUUCAGGUUACAUGUUUGCGGGUUGCGGACUGCGGGAAACCCGGAAGUACCGGAACAGGCUACUUCCGGGUUUUGCUGCUCGCACAUGCGCAGAAGCGCCAAAUCACGCCUGCGCAGACACAGCGCUUCAGGAUGCGAAUGCUGCAGGUUGCGGACGUGCCUCUGUCACGGAUUAUGUCCACAACCCGAGGUUCCACUGUAAUUCCAUAAGCUUCCCUAGGGAGGGAGUUGCUGUAACCGCCCAACCAUUUUGGUUCCCCUUUCCUACACCUUUUCCAGAUCUACAACAAGGAGUGCAAGGAACCCUCAGGCCCAGGGGCCAAUGUGGCCUCCAUGCCUCUCUACCUGAGCCCUCAGAACUCUUUCCACAGGCCCUGCUUCAUACCCUGAAUUCUGAUUAUGCUUCCUCACCAAAUUCUGAUUACGCUUCUCUGGACGGCAGCUAGAGAAGGGCGUGUGAAUAUGUGUAGAAACUUGCCCUGCUGUACCAAAGUAAAAUGUGCAUAGGUUGGUCCACCCACUCUGGCAUCUGGCCCCGCCCCCCACCACUGGCAUGUGGCCCUCAGAAGGUUCCCAGAAGGCAAUGCGACCCUCAAGCUGGAAAAAAAUUCACGCUGCUCCUUUUUGAGUUGUGGCAACAGGAGCUGGACAUAGAAGUCCAAGUGUGGUCACACACAACGUACAAUGGCGUUGAGAUGUUUCCUGAUAGAUUUCCAAUCUAAGCACCCUCCUUCUCCUCUUCUCCAGGCAUCCACCCAGCUUUCUUAGUGCUGCCUUGCAUCACCCUCUUAUCAGCCAUGCUGGGGUUAGCUGCCUACGUGACGUUCCGGAGCAGCGCACAGCAAAAGGAUCUUGUGGAGGUACUUCCCUAAAGGCUGCUAUGCUCACACUGGGGGCCGAGGAACCCAAGCCAAAUUUAACCUUACUUGCAUCACAAGCGGGGCCUGCAACAAAAUGUUGCCUCGUGGAGCGUAAUAAUAAUAAUAAUAAUAAUAAUAAUAAUAAUGGCUGCCUUCAGAUGUCUUCUAAAAGUCUGGUAGUUGUUGUUCUCUUUGACAUCUGGUGGGAGUUCCACAGGGAGGGCGCCACUACCGAGAAGGCCCUCUGCCUGGUUCCCUGUAACUUGGCUUCUCGCAGGGAGGGAACCGCCAGAAGGCCCUCGGCGCUGGACCUCAGUGUCCGGGUAGAACGAUGGGGGUGGAGAUGCUCCUUCAGAUAUACUGCUGUUCAGGAUUCCUGCCACUCUGUUCCAUUCCUCGAAUCAUUUUCAGGUCCGAGGCCAGAUCCCACAGAGCAGGCAGCCAGGUCACACUAUGUAUGACCCCAGGCUAGCUCCAAAGGCUGAGAGGAGACUGAGCCUUUUAAAGCAUCUGCCCCCCAGACCACCUCCUCUAGGCCCCACCCUCUUGUGCAUGACAUUAGUGUCUUAAAGGGGCCAACUCUCUGGCCUGAAGACAGGUCAUUCCUCCUCCACUCCAUAGCCUUCUAUGGCUAUGCGCCACCCAACUGGUGAUGUGCGCCGGGAGGCAUUUGGCUUCUCAAGCUUGGGGAAACACACCCUCAAAGGUCCUGGCUCAGAGCUUGCUCCCAUGGGCUCCUGUUUAUCAGUCCCAGGCUCAGUGGUCUCUUGUGUAUGACUCCAUAACUGGAGACUCUGCAGCCCCUGACUCAGACCCUUGAUCACUGCUAGAUCCUGUGGUCCUGACACUCCAUGUUCCUGGAUGUCCCCCCUGUUAGGAUCAUCCUACUCUCGUAUAGGACCCUGGCAGAGACAUAUGCCUGACUGGCAUGUUCUCUCCCUCCUGGUCGGUCGUUCGGGAGCUUCAAAAGCUUUCUUCAGCCUGAACAUCCCAGCGACCAAUGCCAACAGACAUCGGCACACUUACGAACCUGCAAAGUAUUGGCAUAACAGAACUCAGUAGCACAGCAUUUUGGCUAAUCUACUUUUACUUACAUAUAAUACACUCGGAGCAUUCUGACUUAGCUCCUUCCUCUUUCUCAUCAGACAGCAAAGAGAGAAAGAACAAAGGACAAUAGUCCUACAUUCCGGAACACAGUAGUACAAAACAUCCUGUCUCCGUCACUUCCCACUCUGUGGAAUGAAAACAUACACCGUCAUGUGAUAGACAACAAUCUCAUGACUGCAAACACGGAGCAAGAAUCCUAACACCCCCCACCAACAGUGAGUCAGGCCAGGCUGAGAGGCAGUGACUAGACCAAGGUCACCAGUGAGCUUCAUGGCCGAGUGGGGAUUUGAACCCUGGUCUCCCAGGUUUCGAAUCCAGCCCAAUAGCCACCACCCUACAUAAUUCUUCACAGAAUUAGAUGCAUUGCUGAAAGCAUCUGGCUAUUUUCCAAAAAUGCAAACUUACAAGUAUACUUAAACUUCUCUAAGCCGUUAUAGGGAGGGUUGGUUUGUCACCUGAGACAUUAUUGGAACCAGCUUUUGUCUUCCCCGUUGUCGAAACGUAGGUUGCCGAUUUUGACUUCUCCCCAACGUCCGACACCUCACCUUCCGGCUCCAAGUGGAGCUGCCGUCAAAUGUGUUGUGAAACCUGCUGCCUCUGGCCAUCUCAGGAGUCUUGCGAGACAAUCCGAGAGCAUCACCGCCUCCUGCGCCCUUUGCGUGAGCCAGUGAAAAUGUACACCAUGUGAAGAACAGGAGCUUUGUUUGUCAUAUACUGCUGCUGGCUUGGCCUUCUCCUGUCCGCCUCCUCUCGUCUCCAUGCAGGGGUGCUGCAUGGGCAAUCCGUAUCUUUUGCUGGUACAUGAAAAGUUGACAUCUGUGCUAGGGCCCUGGGUUGCAGAUUCUUUCACCAGGUCACCCGAAAAGAGCAGACUUGGAUCUGCACUGAGAAUGCAUUCCUAUGCAGCAGGGAUGGGGGAGCCUCAGCCCUUUGGACCAAAUGUGGCCCUGCAGGUCUGGCCCUUGGGACUGCUCCGCACCUUCCUUAAAUGCUUUUGCCUUGCUGGAUUUUGCCCUAGAACUUCCAUAAUGCCUCUUGCUUGCCUAGAUGAAGAGAUGUGCUUGCGUGUGUGAAGCAUGCCUGAAACGUAUCCUGUUGCCAGAUGGUAAGAGCCAUUGUGCUGCUCCACCUCUGGUCACGCCCACUUUUGCCACUGGCCACGGCAACCCCAGACAUGCAGACUCUGGAAGGGCUGUCCACGAGGGACUGUGUCCCUGCAGCUGAAAAAGUUUUCCCACUGCUAGGGCUGGGCGAUAUAUUGAUAUACAGUGGUACUUUGGUUCUCAAACUUAAUCCAUUCUGGAAGUCCAUUCCAAAACCAAAGUGUUCCAAAACCAAGGCGCGCUUUCACAUAGAAAGUAAUGCAAAAUGGAUUAAUCUGUUCCAGACUUUUAAAAACAACCCCUAAAACAGCAAUUUAACAUGAAUUUUGCUAUCUAAUGUAAGGUUACCAGGUGGAAUCUGGGGGCACUUUUUUUUUUGAAGCUGAGUAGCAACAGGGAGUCAGUAGUGGAGAUGGUGAGGCAAAAGACCCUGGGCCCAAGCACACAUGCAUAUUGUAUAAAGGUGCAAAGCCCUUCUUUCGCACCCUGUGAAACAUAAAUGCACAGAGUUUUUAAAAAAACUGGGCAACCGCGCACCCGUGACUCCUGAGCCUUCCCGAUCUCCUGCCCCCUUGCCUCUUUGUUUUGACAGAUCAGGGAGGCUCAGGAGUCACGGGCACGCAGUUGCCCAGGAGGGGCACAAGGUGCACUGUUUCUCUGCCAGGCAAGGUGCAAAGCUCUUUUUUCGCACCCUGUGAAACAGAAAUGCGCAGAGUUUUUAAAAAACUGGGCAAUGCCUGCCUGCCCAAGCAUAACACUCAAAACGGAAGUGUGGCACUCAAAUCGGAAGUGUAACACUCAAAACGGAGUACAUUCGGCUUCCAAAAGAGGUUCGCAAACUGAAACACUUACUUCUGGGUUUGCAGUGUUUGGGUUCCAAGUUGUUUGAGCCCCAAGUCGUUUGAGAACCAAAGUACCACUGUAGUGUCCAAAACCGGUUUCAUAUCUUUUGGGCUGGCAAUCUAGCACGAAUCAUAGUGUGUGUGUGUGUUAUGCAAAAAUCACAAUGUGGGAAAAACUGUGAAGCCAACCAAUGCCUCUAUGUAGCUCCAUCCUUAUUUCAGACCUCAUGAUAUAUCGGUAUAUAUCGUGAUGUUGGCUGGGAAUAUAUCACGAUGUUGAAAACCGGAUAUCGCCCAGUCCUACCCACUGCUAAUAUGCAGGCUUCCUGAGAAGCAAGUUCAACUGAGCUGAGUAAGACAUACUCCACAGGAGGUGCAUUCAGGAUUGUAAUCUAAAAUGGCGGGUUUUGUUUUUGUUUGUUUUUAAAGAAAAUAAAUGUAUGUCUAUCUACUCACACAUAUAUAUGGCACUCAUAUUGUGUAAGUGUCACACUUUAGUCAGAGCUUUGAAUGAUUUUAUUUGUAGGAUUGGGAGGGGUGAGAAAUGUGAUUUUGCUUGCAUUUUAAUUUGCACUUUUUUGAACGGAGAAGCCAGCUAAAACACAGCUACCCUUUGGAAUUUGCAUGUCUCCAAAUCUUGCAGCUCUGUUCUGCAACAAAGAAGUGUGUACAGCAGUGAAAACGGCAUACAGAAAUGCAUUCAGUUAGGGAGUUGUUUGCAAAAAAGAAGAAGUGCAGCUUAAUCAAAGUUGCGUCCAAGGAUGUGUUUAUUAGGGUAAAAUCACACGUAAAAUGCUGCUGAAUUUUCAUGAGGAUUUUUUUUUAAAAAAAGCAAAUGGCUGCAGAUAUGAACUGAAAGUAUGACUGGAAUACUGAGAAACAGAAGGAAACAAAAACUGACAGAUCCAUCCCUAUUGCAUGUGUUCCUCUGCAACCCAUGAGAUAUACUUGACCAUCACGUUUUGUUUUGGUUUUUCCAUUUUCAGCCAAAAUCUUAAAGGGGGACCGUGCCCACCCCCGCUCUGCCUUUCUACAUGUGUGCCUUUGGAUUGCCAAUCAAUAUGCUAUGUAUCUGAAGGAAACUUCUAUUUCCCUCCUUUCUUCUGUCAUGGAAGCCAAGGUGGCAUGGUUCCCGGAUGGUCAGCUGUCCAGGGACUGACCAGACCCAGACCUGCGUAGCUUUAGCAAGGUGGUGGCCUCAUUUUCCUCUUCCCCACAAACCAGACAUUCUGCUUCUUACCUUGCCUUUUGCCUCAGUUCUAUUAAUUAUAUAAAUAAAAGGCAUAUAGCUGUUACGAUAUAAAAGCAAUGCAGCCGCGAGCUGCUAGCUUGAAAACAGCACAUGAUGGAAUGUUAGGACUGUUCCGUGGGAAACAGAGGGACAGUCAAUUCACAGGGCAAUGCACCGGAAUUAGCUCAGAGUGUAAUAUGAGCUCUUCCUUUUGCUCUUGUACAGGAAGUACAGGUUUUGUUUCACUCUCGACUGCUGGAGCUUGAAGAGAGCAGUCAUGUUUUUUGUAACACUGCAAAGACAGAAAUAAAGGCAUGUAAAUACGUUUCUGUCUAUCUCUUUCCACUGCCCAGGGGGGGGCAGGAAAGAGGGGGUGUGUUCUUCUCACGCUGAGAAGGAUCGCCUAUCGCGACCUAGCCUGUAUCCUGCUGGGGAAUGCAGACAGGGAGGUCAACAGGAGAUCAAGCCGGGUGCCUGGAGAGUGGCCAGUUUCUCCUGAUAAAGGCUUGAUUUCCGACAAUAGCAACUAUAUUUUCACUGGUAGAUCUCACUUUAAAAGAAGGGCACUUCCAGACACUGCUUUGAUAAUGGCACAAAAUCAGAAGGCGCUUCAAUGAAGAGGUAACUUCUACCACAGCCUCUGCCUGUCUGCUGCGCCUCUCCUCAGGCGUAUUGGCAGGCGUCCGUAUGUACUGCAGCAAUCAGAAUAGGGAUAGGAGGUCCAUUGCGAAAGAAAGAAAGAAAGAAAGAAAGAAAGAAAGAAAGAAAGAAAGAAAGAAAGAAAAGGAAAUGGUACCAGAGCCGAGGGGGAAAACCGCCAUCUAGUAACUUACUUCCUUGUAGCAGGAAGCAAGGGCUGUGUUGAGGAUGUUAUAUGGCUGUCAAGCCCGCAAGCUGUCGAAAUGUUGUUUAUACUUAACAUAAAGAUGUCACAUUUCAAAAGAAGACCUUGAAGUGCAUUCUGGGAUGUGCAUUUCCAGCAAGGAAGGCACCCACCAGAGAUUCCCUCUGACGCCCGUCACAAACAAAAACAGAAUAGGCUCUGCCACCUCUGUUUUACCACUCACUGCCUCAAUAAAGCAAGUUCUGGUUCCCUUAAAAAAUUGUGUGCAAGUUACUUUUUGGCAGAAAGAGGUUACCAGAAGGGGGGAUACCACUCUUAACUUCUUGGUUUAGGGCUUGAUGUCCUUGAGGUCUACCCCCAUGCCUCUGAAGCCUUUGGACCUCCUUCAUCAUGUGGUAGAUGGGG